AUGGCUUUUCCAAACACCUACGGUCUGAUCUUUGCCUGUACCUGUGGGCUCAUCCUGGGCAUCGGGCUCUGUGCCAACCUCCUGGUCUUCUCCCUGUUCGCCAAGCACAACACGUUACGCAAGAACCGCCUGGACGUCCUCUUGCUCAGCAUGACCUUGGCCGACUUCCUCACCCUCCUGCUCAUUCCCUUCACCCUUCACUCCGCCCUCAACCACACCUGGCCUCUGGGCGACACCUCCUGCAAAAUCUACCAGUUCCUGCUCGCGUUCAGCCUGGCGGCCAGCACGUACUCGCUGUGUGCCGUGUCCAUGACCCGCGCCAUGAUCGUCACCAACCCCCACCAUCCUCCCACCAUGGACCUGGUCAUCCUCAUGUUCGUCCUGGUCUGGGCUCUGAGCUUCUUCAUCAGCCUGCCUCUCCGGAUGUUUGCCAACAAAGAGAGUUUGGGCCCAGGUUUGGCCAACUUCACCUUCUGCCUUCCGACCAUACACGAACAUCACUACCAGGUGGUCCUCAGCCAGUUCGUGCUCUACUACUUCAUUCCGAUGCUCGUCAUCGCCUUCAACUACGUACGCCUAGCCGUCUUCCUCCACAGGACCCCCGUAAUGUCCAUGUCCAGCGCCAGGAACACCCGCCGGGCGUCCGUCAUGGUGUUCCUGGCUGCAGCCACCUUCUCAGUGUGCUGGCUGCCCGGCUACGUGCUGGAACUGUGCGUGUACCUGGGCCUGUACCGACACGGACAGGCCUGGGACGUGUUCUACUUUACUUGUACGGUUCUCCAGUACCUGCACCCAUGUGUCAACCCCGUGCUCUACGUGCUGCUGUCUAAGCGCUACCGCCACACGAGGGCAGUGUGGUUCUUCAGCUGUCACAGAAACAGAGUGCAGCCGCAGGUCGUCAGCGUCAGCACUGACAGUUUUCAGAACUGA